UGUGUCUCAUCUUUUUGCAUAUUUUUGAUUAUUGUUUGACUACUCUUCAUUAGUCCUGCAAGCUCCGCCUGGCUCAAGCUCUGGCUCGAAGCAUCCUGUCUUAAGUUCGGAGGGAAACCCAUCCCCCGCCCAACGGCUUAUAUUCCAUUUGAUUGUCACGCCACACUCUGUGUGCCCACCAUGAGCGCGUGCCGCGUCGCGUCCUUCGUGUCGGGGCCCGUGAUCCGCUGCGCCCUGCUCGGCCUCCUCGUCGCCGCGCUGCUGACGGCGGCCUGCCUCUCCGCCUCUGGCGGGGACGCGGGCCAGAAGGUGGCCGCGGCGCUCGAGGAGACGUGGCUGGUCGUGGCCCUGCUCGUCGUCCACCUCGUGGUCUCCCGGCUCCGCGGCGACGCCCCCCCGAAGCCGCACCAGAAGAAGGCGGGCGCCGCCCUCGAGGAGCGCGGCUGCGAGGCCGCCUUCGCCCCCGCUCCUGGCGGGGCGGCGGCGCGCGGCGCCCCCUCGGGGGACGACGCGCUCCGCGCGCAGGCCAUCGGGAAGCUCACCACGAGGGUCCGCACCCGGGUGCAGGCGGGCGACAUGCUGGGCGCCGAGGAGUCGAUGCGGGAGCUGCGCGAGGUCGGCGGUGCGCCGGGGCGCCUGCGCAGGCCCUGCUGGGCGGUGGCGUUCGGGGAGGUGGUGAGCGGCUACGUCCGCGAGGGCAGCGCCGCGAAAGCGAGCGAGUGGCUGGGCGAGUUCGCGGCGUGCGUGCCCGCCAUCCGUCCCAGCACCGCGUGCGUGAAUUCGGUGAUCGUCGCCCUGUGCGCGAGCGGCGACGCGGCGUCCGCGGAGGCCUGGGUCGAGAGGAUGCCCGAGAUCGGGAUCCGGGUGGGCGAGGACACGUUCUCCAGCCUCAUCAGCGGCUGCUUGCGGGCGGGCGACGUGCCCCGCGGCAUCCGCUGGCUCCGCGAGAUGCGGAAGGCGAAGCUGCGCCCCAGCGCCGAGCUCAAUUCGCUGAUGGUGCAGGCGUGCGCGGGGGACUGCUAGGGGCGCCGCCGAGUGAUGACUUGUCUCGGGCGCGACAGCCGCGACCCGCCCGGCCGGUAAGCGUCUUGUUGUCUUCUUUCCUCUUCUCUUCUCGCUAGGCUGGCGCAGGCAGGUCUUCAUUCAAAGUGGCUCUAGUCUUGUCUGCUGCUCAUCGGGAGUCCGCGCGAGCCGCCGAGGUGGUCGGUGGGCUGCGGGCUCGGGCCGGGCAGACGGCCUCGCUCGCCGCCGCCGCCCCCGGGCCCCACGGCAGGGCAGAGCCUGCUGGACGAAUUCGUGCAAGCGGCUCGGAGGGGCCAAGUUCGGCCACCUGCCAGAGCUGUUCGAAGGGCCACAUCGCCCACCAGACUUGCUUCGUGGGGCUCCAUCGGCGCACCACUGGACCACCGGGUGGGAAUUCGAACGAC